AUGGUGCUCACAUUGUGGUCCUUACGUCCACGCUACACCCAACCACCUAAUCUACGUAAAGAAUAUGGUUCUAUUUCAAGCUUUUUCACAUUCAAGAUAAAUCAUGGGGGUUCGUUCACAAAUACGGUAUCUAGAAGGUCGUACAUAGAUGGGCUUGUGGAUCACUUUGAUUUUGUGGACAUGGAUGUGUUUUCAGUCCAUGAGUUAGAUGAUAUGAUGACAAUUUUAGGGUACAAUGAUGGAGGUAUAAUGUUUUACCAUUCAAUGAUCCCAAAGAAAUACAUGGAUAGUGGAUUGUUACCCCUUGGCACCGAUCAGGAAGUCAUUCAGUUGGAAAGGUAUGUGCCUAAUCAUAAGGAAAUUAAUUUGUACAUUGAGCAUGAGAAUACUAGAGUAUUCCCUUACUUUAAGUCCCCAUUGAAGGUUCGUAUUGAGGAAGUUGAAGGGGACCAUUCUCCUGAAAUGGAUAGGGUUAGAAUGAAAAAGAAAUCAAUUGGGUCAUGUAGUAAAAAGUUGGAUUUUAAUGAGCCCACUGAUUUGUCAAAGUUGAUUGUACCCUAUGAACCUGUUAUGUCACAACUAGUGAAUUUUUGGGGUUCGUACACAAAACUUUCUCUAUGUAACUUGGAAUACCACAUUAGUAAAGAUCCAAACUAUAAUGUUAUUUAA